UAUACAAAGCAUCUAGACUUCAAUCCAUCACACUUUCUUUAUCCAUAAUAAUCAAUAGUACCAUAGCAGUAGUAGCCCAAAGAUUACCGACAGGAGCAACAAGAACUGUAGCUUGUUUAUGAUCAUCUAAUCAGAAAACUGAUGCUGUAAACAGGAAAAUGAGAGGGGUUUGAUUCAGUUAUUCUAACCAUUGUUACACAGCUUUAAGAAGCCAUUGUUGUUGCUGCUGCUACAUACUUUAAAGUUAUAAGGUCGAUCACAAUGUGGAGGCCGGUAUUGAUGGCUAAACUAGUUCGACAAUUCAGUCUUCUUGGACCCAUUCAGGCUCAGACCGUUGCAUACAUCCACAACCAGACAACUGUAACUACAACACCAUUGAAGCUACACUCAGUCAAACCCAUAACCCAAUGCCAAAUAGGCGAAAACGUGUCAAGAAAUGAAAAAGUCAACUUUCUGGUCAAAAUCUUGAACGACCUUGACGAUAGUAAAGAAUCGGUGUACAACGCGCUCGACGCGUGGGUAGCAUGGGAACAAGAUUUCCCGAUCGGACCAUUGAAGGAAGCGUUGACUGGUCUCGAGAAAGAACAUCAAUGGCAUAGAAUCAUUCAUGUUAUAAAAUGGAUGUUGAGCAAAGGUCAAGGGACAACAAUGGGAACGUACGGGCAGUUGGUUCGGGCACUAGAUAAUGAUCAUCGGGCAGAGGAAGCACACGAUGUUUGGGUGAAGAAGCUUGGUGUUGACUUGCAUUCGGUCCCGUGGCAGUUAUGCCACCAGAUGAUUGGGGUUUAUUACAGAAACAAUAUGAUGGAACGGGCGGUUAGGCUUUUUAAGCGGUUGGAAGCGUUUGAUAGAAAACCGAGGGAUAAGAAGGUAGUGAAGAAAGUUUGCGAUGCGUAUGAGAUUUUGGGGUUGAUAGAAGAGAAAGAAAGAGUCCUGGAGAAAUAUAAAAGUUUGUUCAACGAGACACCGUCGUCUAAGAAAUCUUCAAGAACUUCGAAAAAGAAGUCAAAAGGCUAAUUGCACAUAAUUUCUAAAACGGAUGAGGUGGGUAACGGAUCAUACUGGGUUCAGGUUGAAACGUGUUGUUUUGAAAAAGUAUUAAUUUGGUUCUGACCCAAAUGGGUUCGCGUUGAAAAUGUAUGAUUUUUUUUUUUCUUGUUUGAAAUAAGCAUAUGAACAAAAUUACAAAUUGUCAUUGUCUUAUGUUAGCACCACUAUUAACAAAUA